GGGCAGCCGGAGCCAGACAACUGGCACCCCAGCGCCACAUCCGAGGGUGGCAGGACGAGCGGAGACUCGCGGGGCUCGGGCACGGCCCCAGGACUGGCCCCCCACCCUGCUCACCGUCAGGGCUAUGCCAAGCUGCUGUCGGAAUGUUCCGGAAGUGGGGAGGUGGUCCCGGCGGCUGUCCGGUGACCUCAGUGACGAUGAUUGCCAGCGCCCCCCAUCACCGCCUGCGGCCCGUCCCGAGCAGCCCCCCACUGGCCGGCUGCGCUGGGAUCUGCUGCAUGCGCAGGCGCUGAGCAAGGAGCUGCAGGUGAAGCAGAACGUGCAGCGGUGGCAGCAGCUGCACAGCGACCUGGACCAGGUGUGUGCGUGGCUGGUCCGUGUGCAGCCCACCCUUCACCGCUACACGGACCCCCGCACACCCACCCUCCUCCUCGACAUCCAGGAGGAGCUACACACCCUGGAGGAGGUGGGCAAGGAUGUGGACAAGCACCAGGCCCUGGUGGUGGCGGCUAACCUGAGUGGCCGGGACUUUGUGCGUGCGGGCAGCGUGGAGGCCCGGGAGCUGCAGGAGAAGAAACUGCACAGCGUCAACGGCGACCGGGACAGCACCCCACAGCGGCUGCAGGUGUGCUGGAAGAACCUCCGCAGCGCAGCACUGCACAGCCAGGACCUGCAGCAGACCACGCGCUCGUUGCUGCUGUGGCUGGCCGAAUGUGAGCGGCGGCACCGGCUGGUGCAACUCACCGACCCCACGCUCAGUCCACACACCCUCACCCAGUACCACAAGGAGCUGCUGGCUGUGCGUGGGGAGGUGCAGUGCCGCCAGCAUGCCGUGCAGCGUCUGGAGGGGCUGUGCCGGCAGCUGCUAGAGCCAAGGAGCAGCGGGGAGCCCGAGCCCCGGCCCUGCACAGACAUCCACACCCUGGGGAAUGGCCUGCGGCUUCUUCACACCGCCCUGGACCAGCAGCUGCAGGCCCUCGACACUCGCCUGGGUCCCAGGGAGAUCCAGUCAGCUGAUGUACGGCCCGUCUCCAUGGAGAGGGGCCGAGGCCGUGUUCGGGACAGUUGCAGUGCUGGGGUGCAGCGGCAGGGGAGGGGCAGCCGUGCAUUCCUGGGCCGUGUGCUGCGGGCUGCACUCCCCCUGCAACUGCUGGCGCUGCUGCUGCUGCUACUGGCUGCGUUGUUGCCUGCACGGCAGCAACACUACAGCUGCACGCUGGCCAACAACUACAUCCACUCCCUCCACCCCGCGCUGCGUUACACCAACGGCCCCCCUCCAACCUGACACCCCCUACUCCCCCCUCUCCCCACCCUCUCUCCCUCCC